GGAAGAGGUGUUCGUGCGUGAUGCCGCUACUGCUGUUACUGCUGGUGGUGGUGUUGUGUCCUGCUGCCAUUUCGGAUGAUCACACGGAAAUAUCAGCAGCUCCCAUCAUCAGCUGAUAUGCUUCCUCAGCAGCUAGAUUCUAUACUUUUUGCACCGUGAUGCUGGACGGGUGCAUGUGCUGCAUCUUAGGGGGUUAUUUCUGUAAGCUGCUGCAUCACAGCCACCGACAGCCUCAGGGGUCAUUUUCAGAAGACACAAUCUUCAACAUGGAGCUUGUUUUUCACAGCUGCUGAGCUCUGAAUCGAGAUUAAACUCACAUGAGUCAUGGAGACAAUAUGGCUUUACCAGUUCCGUCUGAUCGUCAUCGGUGACUCCACAGUGGGAAAGUCAUGUCUGAUCCGGAGGUUCACAGAGGGCCGCUUCGCCCAGGUGUCAGACCCCACUGUGGGGGUGGACUUCUUCUCUCGUCUGGUGGAGAUCGAACCGGGAAAAAGGAUCAAACUUCAGAUCUGGGACACUGCAGGACAAGAGAGGUUCAGGUCCAUCACCAGAGCCUACUACCGUAACUCCGUGGGCGGCCUCCUGCUCUUCGACAUCACCAGCCGCCGCUCCUUCCAGAACGUCCAUAACUGGCUGGAGGAGGCGCGGAGCCACGUCCAGCCGCACAGCAUCGUCUUCCUACUCGUCGGCCACAAGUGUGACCUGGAGGCCCAACGUCAGGUGACCCAGCACGAGGCGGAGAAGCUGGCAGGGGCCUAUGGGAUGCGUUAUGUGGAGACAUCGGCACGGGAUGCCAUUAAUGUGGAGAAGGCCUUCGUGGAUCUGACGAGGGAAAUCUUCGAGUUGGUCCGGAGUGGUGACAUCCAGAUGCAGGAUAACUGGGAAGGCGUAAAAAGCGGAUUUGUUCCCAACACAGUCCAUUCCUCCGAGGAGGUCACCAAAGGGAAUCGGCAGUGUUUCUGCUGAUGGAUGCAGCACCUGAGCCGGAAAGCGGUAUAAACAUAACCUCACCGGACUGAAGUUCUCUGCUUUAAGGCCAGCUUUUUGGGACUGUUAAUCACUUUAUUCCUACAUGUACAGCACUGUUAAAUCAUCCGUUUAACGCUAUGCUCAGAUUCCCGACAGGUGUAAAAGCACAAGAAGCCUCCUGACCCUUUAUCUUUCCGUCUGCAUGUAUACGUGUCUGUAGCUUUCAACAACACUGCAGCCACCUUUGGCCUUUUUCUCCAGCGAUAACUCCUGUGGCUGGUUAUGUUGUGGCCAGAGACUCAUACUGCCAGUUUGGUGUCCAUCUGCUCGUGUAUCCACAUAAAUUCAGUCUGGAUCGAGGAUACGAAGACUGAGCCUCAUCACUCCGCUAUCCAUAUCAGAGGAAGCAGAAGAAAAUGUUGUCACUGUCCAAGUGGACACCUGCGCUAUAAAUAUGACAAGCUUUAUACAUGGUGAGAAGAAACAGGACAAUAGAAGCAACCAACCAAGCCAACAGCUGAGAUGUUACCAUUAGUUUGCCUCUAACCACUGUUGGGAAUAGUCUGUCAGAAGUAAAAUCUUCUAUAGCUGCUCACUGACUGCCUUUAAGACUAGUUAAUAGGAAGAGUAUAAUUAGGAUAAUUUUCCUACUUAUGUUUCUGGUUGACCUACUGAUAAGAGUGUAUGCAUUUGUGUGGAUGCAUUUUAAAAAGUUGUAGCUUCAUGUAGUGCAUCUCUGUAAUUUAUAAAAUAUACCUUCCAUGCUA